CGUACCUGAUCAUUUCUAGUUGAACAUUCAGCAGAGAAGCAUCUAAGUGAAGCCGUUUGGAAGGAAAAAGUCCUUUAAUAACCUCAAAAAGACUCCGUGAAAUUAAAUAGUAGCCACGUGCUGUGACUUUUGCAGGUGAAAAGCGAUAGUUUUGUUGGAAUUUAACCAGCACUUAAUUCGAAGAACGGUCAAAGAACGGAUAGAAAAUGGUAGUCGGUUUGGAUGAAUCAAAGGUGGAUGUCGAAGAACAGCUUUGUGACGAAAGCAGCUUCGACGAGUGCGACACGCCGGCUGGUGUGUUGUCCUCGAAGUUCGACAAAACUGAUGUAGGGAUCAAUGUGAAUCCGCUGCCCUACGGCAAGUACACUUUGAUUGGUAUCGAUAUUGAUACGACGGGUCGUAGACUUAUCGACGAAAUCGUCCAGAUCUCGGCCUUCACGCCAGAACGACAGUACGCGCAGUACAUUAUGCCUCUGAUGAACCUGAACCCGGCUGCCCGCCAGCGGCACCAGGUGAGGGUGAUUACGGUUGGAUUUUUCCGCAUGCUGAAAAGCAUGCAGACGUACCGCGUCAUGAAGACCAAGAUGGAGAUUCAGGCAUUGAAUGAGUUUCUCGACUGGCUUGAGGAGCGCCUUCGCGAGGACGAAGGAUCCGACGGCAUAGUGCUGGUGUAUCACGAGCAGCGCAAAUUUGUUCCAUACAUGGUCAUCGAGGCGCUGAAGAAGUACAAACUGCUCGAUCGGUUCACCGCAUCGGUCAAGUCUUUCGCUAACGGCUUCAAAUUGGCCGAGGAAAAAUGCAGCAAGACGAUCAAGUACCUAUCGAUCCGUCAGUUGGCGAAAUUGGUGUUGGACGAAAACGAUGGAGCCCGCGAUGGAUUCGAAGGAAACGCUGCGUAUCGUGCAAGGAUGGCUUUCGAAAUUUCGAGACGUUUGGCUACUGGUGAACCGGGAGGAGCUACCGAAUUCGCUACUCCUGUUUCUUCGCCAACCGAGACGGAACCGGACUAUUCUACCUUGGACACGAAAGAAAAUUCGGACCCAUCGACCACCGAAGCAGAUAAGAAGGAUGAUUGUACUGGACAGUCAACGGCUGACAAGACGGAGCAUGUGGAAGCCGUCGUGAAGCAAGAGGAAGUUUCCGUUUCCCCUUCUACAAACGCCCUUACGGAGGAAGAGCGUGAAAAGAUGUGUACCGUGCUUUGCGACUUUUCAUCUCCCAUUUCUUCUGAAAUCUCCGAGCUUGACGAACAGGAGAAGAUCCUCGUGCGUCAAAAUUCAUUGAGGCCGGUAUUUUUGCUCUACUUUAAGACGACAAUCUACCAUAGGGUUAAGGCUGUAACGUAUAGACGAGUGCUGGCCGAAUUUGGUUAUGACUACGAAUCUUUGCGUCAAGCCUGGCAAGAGAAUAAGCGGGAGGCGCUGGAGGCAAUCGUCGGCAAGAUUGAAGAGUUGAAGGAAGACGAGCGUACAGAGCUUGUGGAACUUCUUGACUGUCAUUACGAUCCGGAAAAGCAGGCUUUCAAGCCUAUUGUGAAACGCAACAAACGCCAUUCUUCUAGAGGACGUCCAUUUUUUGCAAACAAGAAUGGAAACGUUCCGCAAAACCAAAAUAGAAACAACUCUCAGAUGGCUAAGGAAAACAGGAAACCUUUCCGCCAAUAUGGUAAUCAGAACGGAAACCAUAAUGGAGGCAAUCAUAUGAACAAUAGCAACGAUGGCAAACCCCAGCAAUACUUCAAUAAUCAGCAGUACAACCAAGGAUCACCGCAAUCGGGCAUGGGAAAUGGAGGCUCUCCCGGAAAAGGCUUCCGUCAACGUAACAUGCGUCGCCGUCGUGGUGGAAACAACCAGCAGAAUAAUAACGGACAGAAUCAGCAGCAACAAUUGAAGAACAAUCAUGGCAACCAGCAGCCGUUCCCUAAUUCGAACCGUCAUCAUCAUAAUUAUCAAACUGUUCCGGUACACGGCUAAAAUGAGCGAGAUUAUAGUAAGUGGAAAUUGGAGCACUCUGGAACAGUCAGGAAUUGUCCCGAGAGUUCGAUGGCAAGAUUACGAGUAAUUUGAAUAAUUUUUAAUAUGUAUAAGGAAUAAGAUUAGCGCAGUUAGAGCACUGUUUCCAUCGGUGGCAUAAACAUGUAACUUUAUGCUGUUACUCGGACGUAUUUCAGUCAGAAGCAACUUUCUGCUGGUGAUAAGCCCGCUUAGUAGUUUAAAUUACAUCAUACCGCAGUGAGACGACUCGUGCUAAGGCAAUAUUUCAAUUACUACUGAUCAGAGGAUUUUAAAAGAAGCUAACGCAAUGAAUUAUGUAAUUAUUGUAUAAUAUGAGUAAUUAAUGGAAGGUUCUACAUGCAAGGCGUGCUUCAGGAAAGCUCUGCUCUUAUGUAGAUACCAGUACAUGUUUCAUCACGAAACAUGUUAUUUUAUAUUCCCGGAAUC